GUGCACCAAAGGUAAGUGUGAAAUAAGUUAGGGUCAGCACAAGGUUUUCUGUGUCUCGACAGCUUGGUGAAAGGUAUUCAGUACUCGAGAGCGCAGACAGCUUGCGAAGAACGACUGUCGCGGGCCGACUGCAGCUAUUGCAUUUCGCCUCUUUUGCCUGGCAGUAAGUCAAGAGGUACCCUCUCUGCCAUGGUCAUACGCGCACAAAUUACUCCACAACCUGCUCUCAAGUGAAGCUUUCUCAACCACACGCAAGAACAUACUCGCCCCUACCCAAUCCUCCAUUCUUUACCUUUUGAGCUCCUCCAAUAUCAAGAAUCGAUACCCUCCUUCACUUUCUCAGCCGUGACAUUUAGUCAUUGUACAGCUCUUGCAACUGCUCAGGCCCGUGCAGAGUAAAUAAUUCGGAGACUGAGAAGUAGUCCAAGAUGCCUUUCUUCAAGGGAAUCAAGAGUAAGCUCGGUGCUACAGCAGCCAACACAGAUAAAAAGGCCAAGCCACUUCCUCUUAGACUUACCUUUACGGAGCAAACACAGCCCGAUGAUCAUGUCAUCAGAAGUUUUGACGACCUCUUUUCCAAGACAGUUAGAGUUUGGAGAGGUGGCCACUGGCACAAUGAUGUAAAGAAUGGUGCCACAGGCGUGCUGUUUGACUCAUCCCACCACGUACCUGGUGAAGGCGCCAAGGAUCGUUCGGCUUUCAAGGAUGGCAAGUUUGGAUUUUGCCUGGAGUGGAUCGACUUUCCGUACGACGGAGAAGUCUAUCGUGUCCGCUGCAUGAAUGAGUUCUGUAUAAAGUCCCAGCAGUGUACGGACCACCCAAAGACGGUCUACAAGGACGGUCCGAACCGUAUAUACGAUCUCAUGAAUCGGGGCGGGACGGUCACAUAUGGUAUGAUCAAAGAUACCGACGCCCCAGAGGUCCCUUUGACGGAUGAUCAGCGAAAGUCGAAGGCCCUGGAGCAUCUCAAAGAGGUCGAAACCAGGCUGGAUGAGGCGUACGCCACCGGUCUGAAUGUCGUAGAGAUGCGAAAACAGUAUGACAUCGUGCAGAGAGCGAUGAAAGACAAGAGUUACUUGCUUGAGGACAGGUCCGAUGCCGCACCGCAACCGGGCUUAUCUGCUCCCAUUCUUAGCGCCCGGAGAUCUGCGAAUAACUCAGCUCCAGGUAACGCAGCCCUCGACGCCAAAGCUAGACGUAAUCCGAAUGGUAAGAAGAAGGGCAAGACGAAUUACACCAACGACCUGGAGUCGAUCCAGGAGUAGACGGCACUCGAGCGAGUGGUAGAGAUGGAGACGAGUAUGUCUUGACCUUCCACGGGCUCGU